UGGGAAAUGGCCUUUUUUGCGUGUUUACUUUUAGUCGCUAGGAUAAAUUUAGCUCUUGGUGGAAGCUUUGACGAGCUUAUAUUGAUAGAUCAGUCUGAGUUAUUAUCUCGAUUACCUUCAAGCAAGUCAUGGGAUCUCAUACUCCAGAAUCCUUAUCGGGGUGUAAUUGAAAUUGUUGAAUCCCCAGUUGAUAAAUUUCAGAUACUUAUCAACAUAACUGGCAAUCAACAAGCUGAUAAUGAAAGACUAAAGUAUCGUCUUAGAAGUACAGAAGAUUCACUAUUUGUUGAACUGUAUCCUCAUUUUUCACCACCAACGUAUCGUAAUGAUGGUGAAGAAGAGAAAAUUUACUUACAGCUGUUAUGCGUCACUAUUGUAUCACUUGUUUUGGUUGUAUUUGUUGUUUCUAUAAUAUUCUCUUGUUGGUGGACGAAAAUGCAUAAGACACCAAUUGAUUUAGGCAUUACGGAUGCUGUUUACUAUAUUUCUUUGAAACACGAGGACGGUCAGUCAGAUGAAGAAGAGAAGUAUAUAAGAAAAAAGUCUGCAGAAUCUAACUCCACUGCCAUUUUAACUAAUAAAACUGCAAAUUCAAACGAUCAGUGUGAAUUAAUUGAAUUGAUAUCUACAGCGCAUUCAAGGUUUGAAGAAAGCAAUGAGACAAAAGCACAUGUUUAUGUAUCACCAACUGUAGCAUAUGCGACUGUCUCUAUGGGAAACACUUCCCAGUUGAGCAUUUCAGCACUAACAACUGUCCUACCAGCAAAUUAUCCAUUACCACGCUACGUUGUAGCAGCUGGUGAAAUGAGCAGCAGCAGUAAUGCCACCUCUGAAUUGGAUAGACUACCAGACGGAACGCUAAUCGGUUUGAUACCAGAUUCGACUGGAACAAAUAUAAAUUCAUCUGUUACUUAUUUAAAACUAGCCAAACCAUUUGUUGUUAGCUCUGAGCAAACAAAUACACUAGAUGGAACACUAAACAAUAAAGACAAUCAUCCAUUGGCGAUAGGAUCUGUCCAAAAUUUAAAUACUACGAAUCUACCAAAAAAUCUAGCUACAAGUUCCUUACGCUUGCAAACAUUACCUUCAAGACGUCAUGUGGCUAAAGAAUUUCUAGAUGAAUCAGUUCUAGCUACAAUGGCGCGUUCAAGGACUCCUUUAAAUAAUAAGAUUGGUGUUAAUCAAAUUACACAAGUACAUACUGAAGCAGUAAUGACUACUGCUCAUGCUUUACCAAGUGGCGCAUUAGUAUCAUUGAAUCCAUCAGUACUGUUAAUUCGAACAGGUCAACCAGUUAAAACUAUCAGUGAAGAGUGUGAAGGAAAUAUAAAUGAAACUGAUCAAAUUAAUAUUGUCACAACACUUUCUGAGCUACUGACCAACAGAUCUAUGGGUACAAUGUCUCCUGGAAUUGCCAGUGCAGUUCCACUCUACGUUGGUCACCCAGCUUCUGGAGGUCUAGUAGAGCUAGUGACAGCUCAAGGUACUGGAUCCGUUCCAUCUUUCACAUUGCCAUCAAGCGUAAUUCCAUUAUCUUGUGAUUCUCAACACGUUCUCAAUCAAUAUAUCUCUGCUGGUCAUGGUUCAGAUGAAACAAGCGGAAUAUUAUCCGACUCUGAAGGUAGUACAAGCUUUACAAUCGGUGGAAAUUUAUCUGCUCAAUCAAACACACUGUUUUUAUCACAUCCUAUUUAUCCAGUUUCCGGUAAUACAGAUGUGCAAAUGAUUCAACCAGUGAUUGGGGAUAGUACAGUUAAAUCAUCAGCUUGUUUUGCACCGUUCAUUUCGUCAACUUCCCAAAUUACAAAUUCAUCAACUUCCACUAUUUUACCAUUAUCUGUUCUAACUGGUGGAUCCAAUUCAACUGGAGCUACAUAUAUGUCAACUGAUUUAAUUGCUGAAAUGGCAUCUUGUCCACAACAUAGUUAUUUAUUUAGACAGCCUAAUUCUUCGGCAUCAUCUACCAACAUUUCUUCUAGUGUUACAUCAGUAAAUACUUCUUCUAUACCAACGGAGAAUUUCACAUCGAUUUCAACGACGACUACAAUUACUGGAUCAGUUAAUUAUUUGACUACUGGUUCAGGUGUUGGAAGCAGUGCCAGUUCUAUACAAACAAUCAUUGGAACUGAUGAAAUGAAAUCUCGCUCAAAUGAACCAAAAAAGAGCACAUCAUAUAACACGAAAAACAGUGUGAACAAACUAUGUGAUAAUGAUAAUAAAAUGAAUUACAGUGAAGAGUAUUCAUCAACAUGUCAAAAAAAUUGUCCCCACCCACCGAAACGAAGUGUUAGUUUAACGCGUAAACAGCUACAAACGAGCACCAAUACACUGAAUGAUCUCUUGGAUAAAAAUGGGACAGAAACAGGAGAAGCGAAUUUGGAAACUAAUGAAGAAGUGGAUUCAACUUCACUCAAACCUAAAAAGUCAAGUCAAAUGGAUUUAAUUACAGAUAUAUCACAGACUUUAAGUGAUCUUCAUAGUGAUGUUAUUACAGAUAACUAUACAUCAUGUGAUAAAGUUCAUUCAGCUACACUUGAACGUUUACCUUCAUCAUCAUCAUCGACAAAAUUGGAUAUUGAAUCAUUAUCAAUUGGUUCAUCGGUAACUCUACCAGCAAAUUCAUCAACUAAUCCACGUUCUGCUUUGAAAAGUGCUGAUAGAACUGGUCCGAAAGUAAACAAACAUCUGCGCUUCACUACCCUUACUAUCAUUGCAUUAAUGCUUAUGAUAGUUGUUGUUUUAGGAAAACCGAAUAGUAUGAAGUCAAAAAGUAGCGAAAAAUUUAGAAUUCAAGAGUCCACUUCUUCCUUCUCAAAUAAUCAUUUAGGAAAAAUGACUAAAUGGAAUGUGAUUAAAGCCAACAUAUAUCAGUCUCCUGCUGCUACCGCUAUCUCUUCCACAUCUCAGACUUCAAACAGAGAAUCUAAGAUGAAUGCAAAGAGUAUUGCAUCGCUGACGAACAAAGGUGAUCCAAAACCAUUUGUCUCAAAAUCUCAGUUCGUACGAGUGACAAUUUGGUUACCUAAAAAAAUGGUACCGACUGGUGAAUCAAGCCAAGAGGAUUCCUCUAAUUUCAACAGUAAACAAAAUUAUCCAAAAUUAACUCCACAGACUAUACAGCUGUGGUUAAAUCAAACCAGUGGUACUGAAGUACGUAUAGCUGAACCGAUUAAACGAAAUUCAAUUCAUAUUUAUGAUGUGGUUGAUACUCGUCAUAUUCUUGGUACCCGAAUUUGUCGUCAACGAUACGCUUGUGAACAUUCUUGUGAUCCUGGAGCCGGUCAUGCAUGCAUCUGUCAACGUGGUUACCGUUUGGCUGGAUCCAAAGAUAGAUCACGUUUAGCUUCAGUUGGAGAUCGAAUUAGUAAUAUGGGACUAGAGAUUGUACAAGGUCGUGUAUGCUUAGAUAUUGAUGAAUGUGAUAAACCCAGUCUACGUCGAGAAUGUGCACGCUUAGGUGGAGUAUGCACAAAUCGUCCUGGAGAUUAUGCUUGCCUAUGCCCAACUGGUCAACCAUGUCUAACUUGUGAUACUGUGUGCCCUAAAGGUUAUUGGUUAUCUGGUAUUUGUGGACGAAAUCAGUCAGUCGAAUGUAAACCCUGUUCCACUUCAUGUCCACCUGGAAUGUACGAAGAAAAGCCCUGUACCCAGCAUUCUGACAGAGUCUGUCGAGCUUGUCGUCCGUUAUGCAUUUCUGAAGAGUUCGAGUUAUCACCGUGUAAGGGAUCAAGUAAUCGUAUUUGCAAACGUAAAGAUCUUAUACCUGAACUAAUUGUUCCAUAUAAAAAAAAUAUUUGGUUUGAAAAUCGUAAAAAAGUACAAGAAGCUAUAAUUACUCUACAUCCUGAUGAUAUUGGACGUCUACCAUUGAACAAAUCAAUCAUUAUUGAUCGUGGAUCGGGAUAUCAGGUUCGUCUAGAUUUUGAUAUACUUAAUUUAAUGCCAGUCUUGGGUCCAGUCGAUCAUUCAUCAGGAAACGAUAACCAUUUAUUUUUAUCAGCUGCAUCUUUAAUGGAUCAAGCAACUCUGGAACCUGAUUCCUACAGAUGGUCAUCUGCAACUGGCCAAUAUCAUACUGUACAUGCUUAUUCAUUGAAAGCCAACAGUACUUUGUCUAAAUUAUGCCCUUAUCCAGUUCCACCACUUUAUCGUCUUGGAAUGCGUGUUUAUCGGAAUGUUACUAGUGCAACAGUCCCAGAUGCUAGUCUACCCGGCCAUCGUCCUGUUUUAGCCAGCUGUCGAACAUAUAAACAGCAUGGAUAUUUUCCACCCUUAGAACUGGAUACAAGUCAAUCUGGAUCAGAAUAUUUGGUUGGCUCAUUUAGUUCAGAUCGCAGAAGUAUUUAUGAUCAGCCUAAAACAACUAGUGCAAAUCCAACACCAGCUGUUGUUGCCUGUCUCGAACCUGGUCGUUUACCGUCAAUAUUUGGAUCUCAUUGGAAUGCUGAACUUGCUUCACCACAUUCUAUUUAUUAUGAGGAGAAGCAAUUGUGUGGCCAAUUGAAACUAGACUGUCAACACUGUCUAGCAUCGUGUGCUGAAGAAUUAAAAGCCAGUUCACUAACGUGUAAACCAACCUCUGGAGCAGCAGAUAAUGGACGUUCACCGCGUUUAGAGACAUGUUUCGAUUGUUGUGCGCGGGAUAAUUGCACAGAUGUAUGUGAUAAAUAUCCAGCACACCGAUGUCAUAUGCAAUUAUGCAGUCAUGGUCUACGUUUAGAUUUCUCGCUUACUCCAGAAUGGCCUAAACAAGGCGAGUUUUUAUGUCAUGUUCAACCAGCUCCAAGUAGACCAGUUUAUCGUCUUCAUUGGACUUUAUUAUAUCAAGGCAGACCGCUUACACCAGAUCGAUUCCCAGCGUCACUUGUUCUACCAAUCUCUUCUCUGACAAAUGAAAAUUCUGAUAAAAGUCUGCCAAACACCAAUACAAAUGGAUGGAAUUUAGGGGGUGGUGGACUAACUGGUAGUACUGGCGGUACUGUAACACAAACCUACAGAGGUCUAUUACAUAUCCAGUAUACAUCAGGAUUAGAACAUUUACCAGAUGUAAUCGGAGGGACGGAUACAAUGCAGAGUGCAUAUUUUUGGAGUAAACAAACUAUACCACUAGUAAGUGGAAGUGGAACAAACAUUCCUUUUGAUCCAUUAACAUCACAUUCAUCUGCAACUUCAUCUUCUAUACCAUCAGACAGGUUCUAUUCAAAUACAAUGCUAUAUACACCAACAGGAAUGUCGAAUGAAAUUGCUAGCCUGCAGGUAUGGCCUUCUCAACCAUUAAAAGUUAGUACAUCUGCAUGGGCACGUAUAAGUGGCGCACCAUGUGCUACAGCUGAACCAUUAAUUGAACAACUGAACAUUUACACACCUGCAUUACCACCAUAUAUUGCAAUGGGUGAAGUAAAGGUUGAAUACCUAGGCAGUUAUCUGUACGCUGUGUCACAUUCAAGAAUUAGGCCAAAGCUGAGUUUUAGUUUGCCUAAAACAACGUCCCUGCUUGGUGCAGUCUUUUAUCCAGCUUCUGUGGAACGCGGACAUUAUUUAAGAGCUAGUCUAGCUCUGGCAUGGUUAACGGACGGUGAAAUUAAAAACGGUGAUAUUCUUGUAGAUCACCAAAAACCAAAUGUAAAAUCGAGAAAUUCCGACCCAUCAUCAUCAGUGACAUUGACUACAGCACCAAUAAAGAAACACAGAUUUUGGGUGAUCGAUCUUACUGGACAAGUGGAUCAGUUCCCUGGUCUAUUUCGCCUUCUUGUGUAUCCAGAUAAUUUAGACAAUGAUGGCAACAUUGAACGAAAUUAUACUAACAGUAAUGAUGGAAUAAAAGAUGGUCGUUCAGAAUACUUAUCACAGCUUCAUAAAACCAAUCAUGUACUUACGUCAUCUGCUGAUGCUAUUGUUGAAAUUGAAGAUGAUGAUGAGGUUGAUAGUUUAACUUCUGGACUUGAUUUGAACGAAAAAGAACCAGAAGAUGAACCGUUAUUAGAUUAUGAUGUUGGAGUUUUUGAAGAACGCAAAUUUCAGGUUCGUAUUCUUAUCCCUGGUCCUACUAUUGAACCUGAUUAUGAGAAAGCUUUUCGUCUUGUUAUUUUGGAUGCCAGCAAUCGUUUAGAUAUUCGAGUCAAACGAGCUGUUCAACCUCCAGAGGAAAUGGCACUACGCAGAAUCUAUGGACAGUUAUCUGAUGGUGAUGGUCGACCUACUUUAAUUGAUCUCCUACCAAGUUUAGCUGCACGUCAACAGGCAAUGCAAGAUAGUCUAUUGGAAAGAAAUUCUGAAAAAGAUGAUCAUUUUAUUGGCAAUUCCAAUGAUCCCAAAUUAUCCAGACGAAAUACUAAAAAUUAUCCAUAUUCGUCUACAAAUGAUCAGAAGAGUGAACAUGAAUUCCAAGCAAGAGACCAAUUAUCAUCAUCAUCACAAGCCAAAGAUACAUUCGGUCCAUCAUCCGCACUUGUUUACUCAAUAGUCUGUAUACUUCUUCUGCUUUCAAUUAUAUUAUUCAUAGGAUAUGUAAUUGAGCCUGAUCCUACUAUGGCCUGGGUAAAAUUGAGUCCUUUUGAAAAUAAAUCAAAUCUGGAUGGUGACCGUGUAGCUUUGGUUUCGAAUCCAAUUCGUCAUCGUUACAACAGUUGUAUAUCACGUUGGUUUCGUGUAUUUCUACUUAUGGGUUAUUUAUGCUUGAAAUCAACAUAUACAUUCGGAGUGACGUUGACAGCUCUAGCCAUUAUUAUCCGCUAUAUGACUUGUGAAUAUGCUAAUAAAUUGAGCAAUCUACCUGAAUGGAAUAGUUUAAAUGAUCAGUCUGGUCAACUGAUGAGUACAAGUUUAACAAGACAAAAAUUAUUACAAGAUGCUAUGGAUAUUCAUUUAAGAAAUGAAUUAAUCAGACAACAGACAGAAGUUAAACAAUUACGUGAUAUCUGUGAUCAUGGUGUUGAAGUUAUGUUUGAACAAAUGAAUAAACGAUUAGAUUCCAUAUCAAGCUUGGCAGCAUCAAGACGCAGUCGAGUGCUUUUAUCACAAGCAGUAGCUGAAUUAGCUCGAGCUACUGCCACAGCAUCAGCAUUACAGUUGGCUGAAGGUUUAAUUGCAUUCAACGAGACAGCAGAAUGGGCUAUGAAUCGUCUUCAAGCUGAUCUAAUUGAAACGGAGAAAGCAUUAGGAAAUUCUGAUUGGCUUACUGGUGCUCGUAUUGUCUACUCAGAGAUAGUUCGUCUACGUGCUAUCACACCAGAUCCAAAUGAUCCAACUCGCUCAUUCUUAGCUUGGGCUAAAUUAAUUUCACCAGAGACUAAUUUGAACAAUAUAAAAGCACCACAACUUUCAUUGCCUAUAAGCUUACCGUCAUUAGAACCGGAACAAUUUGUUAUACCUACACCUACAUUAAAGAGACGUUCAACAAUCAAUGGAGGAUCAACAGAUUCAGAUGAACAUGAAUAUGGGCCAGCUUACGUACCUUUUGUACCACAGCCAAUAGAUAUUGAAACAAGUGGAGAAUUCUGGUCACCGCAUAAUGUGGAAAACUCCCUAUCCAAUUUAGGUGGAGUUAUUGAAUUUCUAGAUAAAUCAAAUAAGAACAAUAUGAAUUCAAGAGAAGAAAAACUCCCAAAUGGAACGCAUACUACUGGUAUUGAUGAUGAUACAACUGAUUCACCUACAUCAAUCAGUGAAGAUAGUUGGAUAUUCUCAAAUUUGGAUUUAGGUUGGGUGCAUGUUUUGGGCGCUGCAUUAUUUUUGGACGCUUUAUGGCUUAUACAUCGAGUUCUGCAUACUGUAGAUACUGCAGAGCGUAUUCUAUAUGGUGAUGUCGUAUUUAUCGAUUUAACUGAAGAAGGUCUUAAACGUCGUUUGACAGAACAAAGUAAACUUCGAAAAGGUUUCAAACACGCAUUCCAGACAAUUAUGCAACCGAGUACAAUUCGUAAACUGUGCGCCAGUGUUCUCGCCCUUCUUAUUGUUUCUCAAGCUUCAGCACAUUUAGAUCGAUUGUUGUCACAGGAAAUGUUAGACUACAUUGGAUACUAUGAUAAUUUGGUUCUUCCAGUGCAUUUACACGCUCGUCUUGUAAAUGUUCAUGUAACACGUUCAGCUCAACGUUUAAAUCAGUAUGAAUUGAAAAGUUUAGAAUCAGAAGUAAGUCGUCGUUUAAGAGAAACACAAUUUCUACUGCAUCAAUGGACACUUUGGCUAAGUGAUAUUGAACAAGAACAGUGUCGUUUACUACUAGCCUAUAAAGCUGCUGCUCAACACUUACGCACCAAGAUGUUAGCCCAAUUAAAUCGUAAUUCAGCGUUAGCCAAAUUAAAUCUUCCUAUUCAUAUGAUAAAUAAAGAACAACAGAGAAAAUCAACUUCUGACUGGAGUUCUGAUUAUUCCACACCAUCAAAGUCAUCAUCUUCCCCUUCGAUAAAUGGUGAAUAUUCCGCUGCAGAUGCUGUUGUACCUAAACACUGUCGUAUGACACAAUCCGAACGUGAUAUUGAACUGGCUGAAGCUCGGAGAAUCGAUAUACCCUACUGUCCAUUGAAACCUAUUGUUCCAAGACUAUUUAAGGAUUAUAAUGCCUCAUUGUAUUUUGCUGAAGUUGUAAUACAAUCGGAGAAAUGGUUGUCUACAGCCCGUGAUUAUUUAGGUCGUUUCUUAUUCUGUAUAUUCAUUUAUGUGAGUGCUAUUGUCUUAUGGAAUACAAUGGGUUCAGUAAUCUGGCUCUUAUUAAAUAGAUUUAACCUUUUGCCUCAAAAAGUCUUAUUCAAAUCAGAUGUUUCCAGUUGGCAGCCGAUGGAUGUACCACAUCAACUUUGAAUGAAUGAAUGAAUGAACAAAAAAGAAUUACUAAUAGGAACAUUGAAUUCACUGUAAUAUUUCAAACAGUAGUAUUAAUAACUUUAUAUUCACUGUUCUUCACGAUUAUAUCCUUUCAACGCAAACUUAUCUAGGCAUCAAAAUAGCAAUGGCGAUAAUAAUAGUGAUAAUAAUAAUAGUAAUAAUAACACUGAAGCACAGGAACAAAUUUUAUGAACCGGUUAAUUUAUGUAUCCAUUCUGUAAUCUGUAAUAAAAAUUAUCUGUUUUCCUUUUAGGUGUGUAGUUCUCAUGACUGCUGAAUUAACAUUGACCUUUAAUCAGUUUUACUGCAUUGCUUAAUAUGUUAUAUAAAUUUAUCAAUUUAUUUUACUGUUGUAUGCAUAGUUGUACUACUACUACUACUCUCCUUGUAAAUGGUGUUGUUCUGAUCGAUUUUCUUAGUUCAUUUUUAUCCUGUUUGUAUUCAUUACGGUUUCUUAUUUAUUUAAUUGACUUUGAUUUAUCAAUGUUCAUUUGGAGAGUAUACAAGUACAAAGAUAUAUAUAUAUAUAUAUAGUACUUUCAGAAAGGUGACUGUUCACUUUGACAUUUCAAAUGUCUACCUCAGCUCUUCAUCAAUUGGUUUCACUGCCUAUUCAUUUACUGCUUGUGAAUAUAUGCUGAUGAUUUCGGGCAUUUUAUUUCUUUUCCCUUUAAUGAAUUGACUUCAUUCCUACCAUAUUUGAUGAUAAUGAUGAUGUUGCAGUUGUCAUCUGUACUCACAUUAUUAUCAGAUGAAAUAAACAAAUACUAUCCACU